AUGAGCAGCAGCCAAAUUCGAAACAAAAUCGGACAGGCGAUGUCUAAAAUUCGUCGUUGUCUGGAAGUGGAUCGUCUUCAGCCAUCGGAACAAGGAAUUCAAAAUUUGGAUUUGAUUCAACUGAAGAAAGUUCUCAAAGACAACUGGGAUAACCACCAUCGUCUGGUAAAAAACAUGAACGCCCUUAUGCAACUGGACAUUUCCUGGGCAGCUUUGAUCAUGGACAAUCCGUCGGAAAGACGUCAAAAAAGAGAAUUCAUCGAGAGUAAUGGAAACUAUGCCGCUCUCUGGGAGUCAUGCAGUCAAGCUAUCAGACACAACAAGAGACUGUAUGAGGCAACGAUGAGAUUGAUUCUUCAAAGACAUCCGGACGCUAAUUUGCCGAUUCGCUUGAUCUUUGAGAUCUUUGAUUAUUCAUAA